GUAAUCACUGAGGCAACUGACCACAUCAUUAACACUACAAAUGUAAGUCGACACGCCCCAAAAUAAUUUUUUCCAGUUUAUCACUUUUUAUUGCGAACCUCCGUUUUUCUUUAGAAAGUCAGACAGGCUUUGCAGAAGAACGUGUAACUUAUUGGUGCCAUUCUGUAAAAUGUUUCCAGGUAACAGAAUAAAGUGACAAUUUAGAAGAAUGUCGUUAUUACCAAAGUCCACCACUUACUAAAGUUUCAUGACAAAACGCUUCCCUCUUGCGAGAUUUUCCAUCCUGAACGACGAAUGGGAGUGGGGAUAAAUUACAUAUCAACAUACCGAUAAACACUAACUAUUGCAAAUCUCAAAAUGAACGAGACUCUCACAUCUGGGUACAGAGAAAUUUCAUUGGACAUGAAUCUGAAUGAUGUUGCUUUUGGGCAGACAAAGUCAACUAGAUGGCUGUCAUAUAUAGUAAAAUUUGCAAACAGUCAAAGGCAUGUAUGAGUACAGUUUAUGAAAGCACUCAGUAAUUCCUGAAAAUGUGACGGUUCAAAAGCCGUUAUACAGUGAGUGACCGAUCUCAUGAAAUGUCCGUAACUCUGAAAUGCGUUUUCAAUUGGGAAGGAUUACAUAGGAUGGGUGCUGUAAUGCUGAUUACCUUGCGGCUUAAUGCUAUACUAUUUCGAACUAGGCACAAUGCCAGCUAUUGACAGCACUUGUUUUCAAUCUCCGGUAGAAACCGUACUUAGCACAAAAUGACUACUUUAGUAGCAUGCAUUUUUCACAUUGAUUUUUGAUAGUCCUAUAAGCUCAAAUAUGUUUUAUGGAAAACACGAACGUGCAUAGGCUUUCGUGCACUCGUUAGAUAAAGAAUCACACCGUCUUCAUAUUUUUUACUCAAAGAAGAAGUAUAAUUAGGGUUUUAAAAAGUUUCCUAGUUGCCGAAUAAUUUGGAGCAUGAUGAGCCGUUGCAUUAGCGCUUUGAGAUAUCAGUCUACAGGGUGCACGCGUUCCGCGUAAGGAAAAUCAUUCAAUCUUCCACGCUUUUAAAAGGAUACCAUAUAGAGUCCAUAAAAUUUUGCAGUGGAUGCGGGGUAUGCUGAACAUUUCAUGAGGAGCAGUGGUACACGGACACGUACGAUGCUGUAUGAAUGGGCAUUGCACGGUUUUAAGAAAUCUCAUAAUUAGAAAUUUUUUAAAACCCAAUUAUACUCUAUCUUCGACAGACAAGAUGGCUGUCAUAUAAAGCGUAAUUUGCACACAGUCGAAGGCAUGUAUGCGUACGGUUUAUGAAAACACUCCGUGAUUUCUGUAUGGGUGCCGACAUUUGUCGUCAGACCGGGCUUCAGCGGGGCAAAUAGCUUGUGCACUCUGUCCGGACAUUUCUCCUAAAUAUAUAUGAGCUUUCGAAAAGAACCGCAAACCACAUAGAGCAAAUGGUUAUGUUGAUGCAGGAAAAAUGACCUACGAGUUGUUAAAACAUGUUUACGGGCAGCCUCUCCAGACUUUCUAAAUUCCUUUCGUUCAAAACUCUGACCUCUCGCGAUUCUGUUAGUCAGUAUGCCUAAGCGCUGACACCUGCGAGUGUCCUUGGAGUUUUAUUCAAAUUCCAUACAAAUACCUGAUGAAAAAAGGACUCAGGUUCCAGUUUACAAUCGAAAUAAACACAUUAAUGUUGCGAAAUCUAAACAUCCAAAUGAUUCCCCCCAGUCAUCUGGUGAAAGAGAGAUGCAUGAUUGCUGACACGAGUAGUACUUGAGAGAGUGCACAAGACAAAGUCUGGUCAUUUCCACGUUGAAUGCACCUACCACGUCUUGACCGAAUGAGUGCUGGGCAGUAUUCGAGAGACAGCAGGCUAUGGCGUUUCCGAUAUUUCCUAAAAUAGGAAUGUACUCUAGUCAACUGAGCUUCAAAAUUAUAAACAAUAUGUAGCAACGUCGACUGCAACUGAAACUAGUUGAAGUUUAGUUUCGAUCGUCGCUUAGACUUUGACAAGAUCCUAUUUCGUAGCCGCACCUGUUAUGGGUUAGGGUUAAGGGGAUAGGCGUUGGGGUUGGGGGGAUUAGGUUGGGUCUUGUCUACCGAAGGUACGGCUAAGAAAUAAGAUCCGACCUAGACUUCAUCUGUCCCUUUAGUGUCUUCGCUUUUUCAGCCCUCUAGUUCAAAAUGAACGUGCUUUGGUUUUAUGCCCAGGACAAAUAAAGGAAAAAAUGACCGUUUAGUGACAUGACUGACGUGAGAUCCUGUCCAAACCCGUUGUAAGAUUCGCAUAGUAGACAUGCAUAUAGGACACACGAAAACCGAUCCAGACUCAGUUGUUUACUUUGACAAAGUAGGAACUUGCUUAAAUGGGCGGUGGGGGUUAAAUACGGGAGAACAUAGGCCAGGCGGCAAAGCGACCAAUCAGUCAAAAGUUGGCGUAGACUGAUACCAAUAGAAGCGAAGAGACGAGUCCCGGGAAGCAGUCUUGAAGAAGGAGACACGAUCGCUGGGACAAGAGCUUUAAUGGCCUGAGAUUUCGGAUUCCUGCUCGAAUCCAUCGUCAGAGACAAAGGCAAAUACGGGUAGUUCAUGCACAAGGGGCUGAAGUAUGUAUAGGAUGCAGUAGCCACGGCUCCCCCCUUCAUCAGGGAUCGUUGCACUUGGUGUGUUGACUGUUUGAUGGUCGACAGUCGUGUCGUUAAUUGUGGCUGCCACGGCAAGAAACGUCUGAAGUCGUUUACUGGAUCCCGAGCAGUUGCGGACAAAGCUACUACGUCGGAGAAACCGGAAGACAAUUCCAAACGCUAAAGCCGAACACGCUGAAGCGGUGCGGAGAAAUGACGCCAGAUGUUAAGUUGCGGCUCAUUUGAAGAGGUCCGGCCACGCAUUCCAAUUAGACGAGGCCGAAAUUCUCGCAAGAGGUGACAAACAUGUGAAUAGAGAGCUGCUUGAGUCGUGGUUUACGGUGCCCCCAGUCCAUUAACAAGUGCAAUGACCUUCCGCUUUCAUACUCAGUGCUGAGACUUCGCCUAGGCGGAGUAAUUAGCCACGCGGGAAGCGCACAGGUGAACAUUUUUCCCAACGCACGUGAUGAAAUUUCAGCAAUAAACGACGCGAAUGUCGGUCAUCGGACAGUCAACACACCAAGUGCAACGAUCCCUGAUGAAGGGAGAGAGCCGUAAAUAUUCAUAGGUAUGCGGUAGCAUGGGUACUGUGUCCUACAAAUGCUGUAGCUCCUUAUGUAUGAACCACCUGCACCUGCUUUUGUCUCUGAUGAUGGGUUCGAGCAGGCACCCGAAACGCCAGGCUAAGAAAGCUCUUGUCCCAGAGAUCGUGUGGAAUGAUACAUCAGCUGGCGCUGACUGAUUCGCGGUGAUCUCGAAUAGGCGGUCGCCCAUAGAACCAUGGAAUCACAGCGCAAUAAAUGUGCUCAGCCCUUUUUAGCGUGCGCGAACUUAUCGAAGAUAUUUGUUUGAAUAGAAAAUCCCAUAAAAUUAGGCCGGUGGGAAAUUUCCGCAGCGGUGUUGCUAUGUGUGUGUUAAUUGCGCGACAGCUGAGAUGGGUGCGAGCAAAAGUCUCCUAAGAAUGUGUUUCCCUGUCUGCAACCGUUCUAUGCAGUAGAUGGGGUCAGCAUAUAUCUGCAAAAUUUAUUGACAAAAGUUAACACUAUAACAACUGUAUUGAACAGAUUGCAGCCAACACUUUUAAAAAAGUAUUAACCAUCCAUAUUACCCAGCACUCAAAAGUCUCUUAACCGAAACUUCACGUUAUUGCAAGUGUGGACUUUUUCACUCAGUGCCGGAGCCUUGAAUACCAGGGAGAAUUUGAAUGGACGUCCAUGAAAUCGGAAAGCCCGCUAACUUCAUGGAAUUUAAUCUUGCGACGUUUUGGCUAAGUUGAUAACCACACUUUCCUAAUUUUAGUCUCCUUCAAGUGUAGACUUGACCUGCAUCAAGCUUCCCAAUUACCACCCCCACAUCCACUCACAUAACCCGGUACCAUCUUAUACGUGUUUAUACUACUUGUAAUUAGUAAGUAACCAUUAAUGAUUACUCUUUUUAGACUAGCAGCCAGCUGUCCGCGAGUAUGUGCAAAAUCCCUUUUUCACCUUCCCAUUUAUCAAUGUUUUUCUCCGACGACUUGUAACCAAGAGGGAGUUCAAAGGCGCUUGCCUAUAUUUCCCUUAAUAAACUGAUACUGAUACUGAACUGUCUGGCCGAACUAAGUCUGUAGUGACAAAACGAAAUUAUUCCUAACUUUUUUGUAGGUCAUCCUUGAGACUGAAAUCAACAGGGAAGUUGAGUUUAUUUUGCAAAGCCUUGACCAACGCGGAUUGACUACCAUUCCCCAAAAGAUAAAAGAUUUAAUGGAGGAAAUCCUCGGAAAAUUUAAUUUUUCUUCACCUGAUGACAAGGCUUUAGUGGCUACGAUUGCUGAACUUUCAGACAACGUCACCAACGAAAUCCAAAAUAUUUACAACCUUCUUCAGGUUGCAGUGCAAAAUACGCCAAACUCGAAUUCCCAUCUAACUGAGCUCAAAGCAACGAGAGUGAGUUUCUCAGUUGGCCUCUGAAAUUUUUUUGAAACACGUUUUCAACUAGUUAUCCUUCUUUGUUUAAAUGUCUGACAGUGCACUUUCUCAACGCAGGUUACUGUCCUAACUAAGGUCGACCGAUACCACCAGAUGUUACUGAUCACUCGUCCUUCAAUAACUGCAUAGGGACUGCGCUGCAGGCGCGUUGGAUAAAAGUGGGAUUUGGAAUGAUUCACCAGCGUGCUGUGCCCGCACAAACCCACAAAUACGUCUGGAACGCCCUAAACACAGGCCUCCAUGCCGAAUCAGGCACUGUGUCAAAUCUCACUACCCGCUGGUUGACAGGUCCCAACUGGUAUAUGGGGGAGAGAGAGAGAGAUAAGAGAUUGAGUCUAAUAGUGCGGCGAAGUCAUGUUCGCGGCGCCUCAGCGCAUUCCUCUCUGUAAUAAAUCCAGUGGGAUUGAAUCCAUCUGGACGUGCUAAGAGUCGCGGCUUGGAGACCUACCAGCAUGCAGGAUAACCCGAUAGUCAUGGGAGUUCCUUGGAGUAACUGAAGGACUAAGCGACAGACUAUAAUGGUUUCUUUCCACUGUGGCCUCCAUGCUCGGCUCACUGAUGAUAGACCUCAGCUGCCCAUACAGAGGUCUAAGACACGCCGUCGUGUGUGUGUGCGCCCCCCAAACGAGCCACGUCGUAGAUGCGCUGGACCAACACGGGGGACAUAUUGGACUCUGGCAGACAUUAUCAGAUUUACGCACCAUAGUAAAUGCCAACAUUUCGGGGGCUGCGGUGGCGGACCCGGCUGUCGGCAGAUGUCGUUCAAACUGGAUCCCUGCCACCCCCCCCCCAUUGUUGUUGUUGAUCAAGAAUCUGGUUAUUUUUUGCGUGGACCAGGGGUUGUUGAGUGGAACGCCAAGGUGCGGGUCCGGCUGCGCCAGCCACCUGCGCCGCCCUCUCCCAUCUCCGGUUUUCCUGACUCUGCCUUGACACCGGAUCCAGGUGGGAAGGAGGGGAGCGCGCGGUAGAUGCUGUACACGCCUACUACCAUUACAAACUAAUUCUCGCACAAGUCCGCGUCCUGCUCUCACCCUGCUGUGGAGCACACGCUGGACAUGGUCGAUGGAAGCGCCGGUCGAACUAUCUUGUGUGUGUGUGUGACAGGCGAAGACAGACUGUUUAUCAUUGCCACCCACUGCGUCCGCGUUAACGCUGGUUGUCUUGCCAUCCAAGCGAGGUGGUUGAGGUCAGAGCUAGUCAAGCAGAUGUACCGAAAGUGUCCCGCAAGAGCGAGUCGCUGAUGUUGCGCCUACCCCCUCGUGCUCUCAGUGAAAGCCUUGCCUUACGAGUCGCACAGGGGGUUCUGAGACGGACUUCGGUACUGCAUUCAAGACCGCAUUCGAACACCACUCACGUAUGCGUUAUGGUCGAGUUGCUCAUGAUCCCAGCAAGUAAUUAUUGUGUAACUUUGCACCUACAAGACUUACCAUAUUUCAUCGACUUAAUUUGACUAUUUUGUUAAUCAUCCAAACCGAAAAAAAAUAAUUUGUGGCACGGCCAACAAACGACCUUUGAUUUUAGAAUACCUUUCGGAGUUUGUAUACGGCUGCCUUGUCUGGCAUGGUGAACACGGACAUCCUUGGCAAUCAACUUCAAAUAAGCACGAAUGAUACUGACGCAAUCAUUAAUAACCUCUUCAGUAAGGAAACUAUCAUGGAGGAACUGCGGAAACGUGCAUCUGACGACCUUAAAAAGUUAACCGCUGUAGUUAAUUCUUUGCGGGAUGGUCUAGACGACAUGCUUGACACAUUAAACCUGGAGCCAUAUUACAAUGCAUUCGCAAAGCCGAGGAAUGCUUUACAACCUUACCUAUCGAUCGGAGGAGAGUACUUCAAAAAGUAUGCGGCGAUCCCACUCUUCUCACUUGGUGGCCUGUUCUGCCUGCUUGCACUGCCGGGUCUUGUCGGCUGUCUCUGGUUGAACGCUGACAGCUCUCAGCGAAGAAUCCACAAGUCGCACAAGGCCUAUGCUGCAGGUAAGCGACGCGAUUUUGCUUCAUGCUUGUUCGAACUUUUGUUUGCUUUCACAUGAAAGCCAGUGCAUAAAAUGCAAUGCAGAAGCUGAACGCCGUCCAGUUCUCUCGUGCUGGCAGAAACCUCAUCCGGUAUAGUCUUUUGCCCGCCAGCUUCCCGACCACUUUACAUCGAACAUGGUGUUUAUGGGCAUUUUUGGAUGUGAAUUAGACAUGCCCGCGGCGCUAUAAGAAAAAGGAAUCUUCAUUCGGAAAAAUUUAGGUGAACGUUCUGACGCCAAACAAGUACCAGGGAAUAACCAAAAUCCUGCACUUGGUUGCCGCUGUUCUUUGCAGACGUGUAAAUCAGUGUUCAGAGCACCACAGUCCUCGACAUUUGGGAGUUAAUGAUCGACAUUUCGAGGCGAACAUCCAAACCAGAUUAGCUAGGAUUAUAUGUCCCGGAAAAUUGCUGCAUAGGACACGCUGACCACAUACGUAACUUACACUCUGAAAUGCACUGAACACAGCACUCAAUCAUACGGUUUAUUCAUGACACCUGCUAAAAGCCGUUUUGUUUUAUGAAGGCAUAAUGUCUACAGUAUACUAUUCCGCUUACUUUAUUGGGACUUAACUUCUCCUUAAUUCGGACUUUAAGUUGAAGUGUAGUCCUCCUUGCAACGAUUUUUAGUAUCAGAGGUGUGGAGUGGCACACAUGACUGUUCUUGUAUCCCAGCCGAUUGAGCUCAAGACCAUCAAGACCGAAAAGCAGGCCGUUUACUUAAGAAAGAAUUCUCUUUGUAUCAGAUCCUAGUUACAAAAUUUACUCCGCUAAGGCGUUGAAAUUAAUCCGAAAUACAUACUAUUUGGCAGCGGUGCUUUUUGGAAAUGUAGAGAGUGCAGUUAACAACAAGAUUCUCUUUUCGGAAAGCCUAACAUGGGUUUGUGAAGCAAUUGGCGCAGCACUCCUGCCUAUGUCAACAAAUCUUGGAAUUUUGCCUAAGUGAGUUUCUCCUUGCGAAACGAUAGCCAGCCACUUGGGAUUUUACUGCUUAUACGGCAGUGCAGGAACGGCGUGUUUUGUGAAGCUAGACCGUAGUCAAAAUUUUGGCCGAAAUACAGGCAAUUAAAGUGCAACCGGCAUAUUUACUAGCAUUGCCUGCAGAGGAGUUAUUUGCAGCUUUAUUUAUUAACUUGGGGAGUAUAUUAAAAAAGUAUGCAGCGCCCUCGUUCUUCAUAACUGGUGGUUUGUUUUGCCUGCCUACAAGGCCGGGUUUGGUUUGAGCAUUACCAGCUCGCAGCAAGAGAUAAAUGUAGGAGGAUUACACGUUCUUAUGAAAAAUAACCAUGUUACGUGGAACAUACGUGUAUUAGAUAAUUCCUCCAAUGCCCCGUCAAACCCACUAAACGCAAAAUACAUCUGAAUUAAGCGUUCAGUUGGUAUAUAGACCUUCCGUCCUUCUUUUGCCUUUUAGAUGGCAUCAGAUGCUGUCGCGGACGAAUGUGUGAUAGGUUUUCGAUGGGAUGUUGCUCUCUCCUGCUCAUUCCCGUCUACCUGAUAUUCCUGGUGCUCGUAGUAAUUUUAAUGUUCUGGAGCAGCUUCCUAGCAAUCGAGGGCUGUCACUACUUGACAAAGACUGGGGGUUUCGAGAAGGCUGACUACAUCAUCAAUACCUACAUCGAGGACCUCUGGAUGAGUCAGACGGCUGACCUAAAAAACGGCUUUGGCAGUCUAUCGGACUAUCUUCAGCUUCCAGCGCCGAAAAACAUACUUGCGGCUCUCAACGAUGGAUGUGACCCGAAAAAUGUGCAUUCAAACUGUCAUGGUCUUGGUACAAUGGGUGCCGUUGGAUGGAGGUCAUUGAUCAAUGUUACGAGGCUCCUAGAGAGCCCUCGGAUUCAAAUAGCACUAAACGACAGUGAAAGGUACACACCAUUUCCUUCAAGCUAAUAUGCCGACCUGCCGGUCUGACGCUAUUCCUUUUUAUAAUUUGCCUGAUUGCAAGGUUUCGUUGGCCCUAGAUCUGUGGGCAGGCUACAGCUUUACCACAGACUCUCUUUACGCUCCUUUUGAAGCCCAAAAAGAAAUCCAACGCCUAAGAUACACUGCAGGCAAAGACAAAGGCCUGGAGUAAAUUUUCCGGUUUAUUUUUCUACCUCAACCCUGUACCGGUAAGAUGGACUAUUUGAAUCCAGGCCGAGUAAUGUUCUCUGUCACUGGGAAAUGCACCUGGGUAUCACACGCCAAAUAGCAGAGCGUUUCCUUUUGUGUCCAAUUACAUGGGAGUCUGGAGUCGACCCCAGGUUCACUACGGUCUCAAAUGGAUGAACUAUUGGCUGUCAGAGUGCCCAUUCCAGUCCAACUUUUAUUUAUUUGGUGAUACGCCUCGACGAUGAACUGGAUGGUCGGCAUUAAUUGUCUAGCUAGAUGACUCAGUAUACCUGUGCCCCGCAUCAAGUACGAGUAGAUGCAGCACGUUCGCAAAAACUAACUGGGCCGUACGUGGAAGCUAUUCAGGCCAGAAGUUCCAUGCUUUGUUCGUCGGACUGUAUCGGUCUUUCGAGAGCAGCAUAUCAUCUGACAGCGGUUAGUAGCACGGAAGGUGCUGUUGACGUGGGGAGAAAACAAAUCCUCGUAAUUUGCAUCCAAAUACUUGGAUAAGCCCAGCACCUGCAAUGCUUGAAAUUGCGAGACAGGACAGGCGACUAUUAACGGAUUCCAGGUAGCUGUCGUCCGGAUUUAAUGGUGCCUAUCACAAGGGCGACUGAGAUAGAAUGAACUUUAUGUAGGUUUUCAUAGUGUGAGGAAGGUUUAGACUGAACACAGUCCAAAGGCAUGAUGAUCGCCCGAGUUUGAACGGGAAAUAUAAACCAGCCGCAUGAUUUGAGCUAUGUAUUGGUACAUAUGGCCCUCCCUUCAGCGAGACAACGACCUCUGGAGGGAUUGGCAUAAAGGUGUUCAUUUCAAGUUGAGUGACGAGCGAUACCGCGAUAGAGGGAGUAUAUCGGCUGGCCAAGAUGCUGGAAGUUCCUGGUGUUCCGAAAGGAGAAGCCUGAAUCUCUUUGGUAAAGAUGUUAUUGACUUCUGCUGCCAGAUAGAGGUGUUGGACUUCAUUUUCUCUCAAUAUUGUCGAUGUCACCCCGCUCAAGACUUAAAAUUACCUGAGAACAUCGGAUGUGUCCCAGGACCCGGUGGGUCUCUUGGCCGUUGAGAGAUGAUUCGCAGUGCGCCGAAACUUCAAAGCUCCUCAGUCAAGGCUAAGUCUUAUUAAAGAUCGAAGCGGGAGAGACAAAGGACAUCAUAUAAAGUAGGGUUGUUCCUAUAAUUCUGCAUAAACGUCGGUAAGGCCAAUAGUAAAAAAUUCGUUAUUUACAUUUACUUCGGAACAACUUACUCGAAGACAGGAUGAGUUGAAAAAGCGCGUCGUACACUAGCUUCGGUCUGACUUAGCGCCACCAACUAGGUACCCAUUUUUCGUCUCAACAGUAAAACAUAAUAUCCGGUCUCGUUGUAAGGUAAUAACAAGACUGAAAGUUCAACUGAAGCAGUACAAACUUGUUGACGAACUUAUGACUUGCUCGUCCGGCGAACAGUCCUUAUUUGGUGUCCUCAUGCCCUGAAACAGUAGCUCCAGAUGUUCUUUCGGUUUUCUCUGCGCAGUGCUUGAACAGAAUGAAUCAAGUUGGAUUAUUUUGUAUUGAAUUAGAAACCUUAUUUUUUAUCCAAAAUGUGUCAUUAUGGGAACUGAUUGGGGAAAAUAUCUUAGAGAAGGUGGAAGGGUUUUCAAAGGCAUUGCCUUUUACCCUUAAAAUAUACUGACCUACAUGCGUUUGCUGCGCAAGCUUAAAAUGUUUACUGUCAUCCUCGGGGGCUUGGAGAUCCAGGCAGCAAAUCAGAGGGUAAUUAGCCGAAGGAAAGCGGUUUAAAAAACCUCCGAAGCGCUGUAUCGGACGAUCGAUAAAAACCGACUGGUAAUGCCCAAGACAAAGCACUCGUAAUGGCAGUCAAAUUUAAAUCCGGCUCGAAUGAAGUUCCUUUCGAACACCAAAACUCGACCAGUCGAGUCUCCGCUGCCCUCGAAAAGGGCCGCUAUUUCAAUCUCAACUGGAGUGCUAAUCGGUUGACUAACCAGCCAUGGCAUGCGCGUUGUGUGGACACGAGAACGACAAGAGUCCAAAGCCAAUCGGCGAAUAAUUAUGCGUUAACCUUGAGGUCGCUCUGGUCGAACUCUAGUUCGAAUUUAAUUGUUUUCGGGGUUGAAACGUUAGGGUGAGCGGAGUGGAUCUUGUAACCCUACCGAUGUGUAUGAAGUGCAAAAGCCGGUGCUCGAUGCUGGGAAGGAGCCCAAGGAAUUGGUUGUUUAGUGCAGUAACUUGACCUAACUGACAGGUCCAGGAGCAGGCUUUACCCACGUUAACCAGUGGUCUUGUAACACCAAGGGAAUUUCACCGUCAUGAACUGACGACAGUGGGUGGCUGAACAUUUUACUCUAGAACAUUAUUCCAAAUACCAGGAAACGUACUACUCAGCAUAUUUCAUUAAUGUGCUGGUGGGCGCUGAAAGCAGUUCAGGUGACAAACCUUUCUCUAAGCUUGCUCUGGCUUGGAAGGCGAUAUACUACUUUCGUUGCGAAACGAGUUUAGCGCAGUUACUUUUUAAGCUUUGGCAUUCUAAUCUAGUGAAAGAGUCCUCUCUUACCAAACUCCAGUCCAGAGCACCCCAGUUGUCCACAGGCGUUCAUUCUAGUGUUGAUGGCUAAAACCUAUCUACGGAUUUCAAUCUAGAUUUAAAUCACAUCGACGAAUUGAAAUUGGUCUUUAAUGGCAAUAGACCACAACUAAUAUACAAAAUAAUUGUUUGACACUAGAACUCUUGAUCAGGAAGCAAAUUGUUAUAUACGACACCAUCAAACCAUGAGGUAAUCAAGUUGCCUUAUUGAGCAAGAAAACACUUUGCGAUCAUAGGUUUCUUGCAUGGAUCGUUUUGUUUCGUCUUUACUUUAUGCAUACUCAUUUUUAGGCAAAUAUGCUGUCAGGUGACAGUUGGCAAUUUUUUGUUUUUAGGUUCCUGAUGGAUGAAUUUGAUAAAUAUUCCCAAGGUUUUACAGGCUACGUUGAUCUUAGCCACUUUGACGCUUGGGCUGAAAACCUAAAGGACUUCUAUAACGACAAGGAUCUACAGGUAAACAUUCGGCUUCGACAAAUAUUGUUUCACAAAGUUACUAUUAUGACAUUCCAUCAUUUUAGUGUUCAUUUUGUCAGUAAUUGCGUAUAUGUGGACGGAAUACUGGGCAUUGGUUACAGGGGACUCCACUUGAAAGAAUAGCCGUUACUAAAGCCUUUAUACUGGUUAUGAGAGGUCUAACCCAGCACUGAAUACCUUCGGUGGGAAGACUCCACCAAUAGUGCCUAAAGGACACCAUCCUAAUCUACUGUCGCUCGAUCAUUGCACGCUGGACUCAAAACAGGCACCCAGAUGAUUCUGUCGUCUGUAACUUCGUGUUGUCUACAGUAAGUUUAAAGUGGACCCGGAGAUUGUGUGUCACACAUUGACAGUCUGCCGCAUGCCCUGCGGAGUGGGUAUAGUACCGGCGGUUUGUGAGUGAAUAGGUGGUGGCAGACUUGUGCGGCAAUGACAGCGUCUAAGCGGUAAGAGAGUACUCGGGGCGGCACAAUAACCGCGGCUCAGUCCCAUUUUAGAGGAUAAGCGGAAAGACACCAGUAGCAGUAGUAUAUUCUUGUGACUGUCAGAGCUCCCGACGCAAGACCGGCUGGGUAAGAUUUGGUUAUGUAGCCACAGAUGAUGAGCACAGAUCUGUUGGGGUUGGGGUUAGGGGCUGCGGGUAGGGUUUAUGGUUAGGAGUUAUGGUUAGGGGCUGGAGUCAGGAUUUAUGGUUAGGGGUGAGGCUUAGGAGUUAGUGCAACUGUUUCCCAACCACUCAAAGUGCAACCGCGCAUUCCCAAUAGGUUUUAUUUUGCCCACACCCACCUGGCCAUGUCGUCUGUGCGUUCUCCGGCCCCACCUGUAAAAACUCCGAUUGCCACCGGUCCCGUAUUACAGGUAGCUGGAGUUUGUUUACUUCAGGUGAGGCUGCAUAACCAUAUCUGACCACCGGCUGUAGGUCUGCUCGCGUGGUUGGCCCAAGGUGACAUGGGCGUGAGUGAACAGACGUCACGUGUAGGUCAGUCACUGCCAGCCUGGCCAGUUUAUUGGGAGAUAGCAGAGCCUAUGGGCACCUGUGAUUGGCUAUCCUCGAGGCUGAAUAUGCUCACGGCCUGGCGCUCGGGCGUCGGGAUUACAUGACUCCUUGAGCGGCGUGGGUGCCGGACGCAGAAGGCUGAAUCUCGUCUGAGGCGCUACACGUCUCGUCUUCACAACACACAGUGAACUGCAAUGAAAACAAUCCAGCCACUGCAGUUAUGCCGCCGUUCGGCAAUCCCACAGGCUACCACCCAUAACGCGACGUUAUGCAGUCAAGUAUAGUGGGAUGAGCGCUGGUUUGCGGUGGAGGGGAUUCCCCAGUGUCGGUUUCGCGUAAAAUUUUAUAACAGUGCACGCAAGUCACUCUAUUUUUCAUCUACAAAAUACUUUAUCUACUGUCCCCAGGUGCACGAGUUUUAGGUCAAUUGGACGUAAGUAAGGCAGUCAAUUAUGGCCUCUCCAUGUUGAUUUGUCCCCUCUCCCCCUUUCUGACACAAUAAGCAUCCAUCCCAUUGGUGACACCCUGCAUAAAGAAAUCCUUUUUUGCAAAAGUGGCCUGUCUUUAUGCAUCAGAUGCGGACUACGGAUGAAAGACGGAAAGUCAUUUCUAUAGGGGACCACUGAAAACGCACUGCUUUUCUGAAAGCGGGAGUAUACAGCCACAGCUAAUACAGUUUACGUCCAAUUCAAUUAAAUGCUAACUCGAAUCCUGAAAUAUGUCUUCGAUUUGAGAAGACUACAUUAGUGGGCUUGCGGAAUUAAUUAUCAUGCGGCAAAACUCAAAGAUAUUUCAGUCACAUCAGACCUCCGACCUUUGACAAGCAUCGUCCUGGUCGCCAACAAAUAUGCACCCUGUAAAAAGGCCUAAAUGAAUACUAUGAAUUCUCGCAUCGAGUUUCGAUGUCCUUAUAGCUUCAAAUGCGUUUUAUGAUACCAGCUACAAAAUAUUCUUUUAAGUUCUGCAUUAGUAGAAAAUUACGUUCUCUUCAAAUCUUGCGCUUAAAAAGGCACUAUUUAUACUUUAAAAAAAUCUUUGGGUCCCCGAAUAAUUUAGGACGCGGUCUGCUGUUACACUUGCUUUCAGGGUUUCCAAACUGCAACCUGUAUAUAUUUCGUGUAAUGAAAAUCAUGCAUUUCUUUAUGCUAUUAAGAAGCUGUCAGAUGGAUGUAGAUGGAUGGAUGGAUGCAUGCGAUGAAUGUAGAUGGAUGUAGACGAUGUGUGGAUACAAUGGAUGUGAAGAAGAAGAGUCGAGCACCGGAACACUUCGUUUAUUAUCCUGAGCUUUCAGACUCGUACAGGAGUCCAUCGUCAGAGGUAGUGGCAGAAACAGGAUGGGCGACAGUUAUAAGGCACGUAGGCCCAAUCAUCGACCGACGUCGCACGACUGGAGGUGACUACGAAGGGCUCUGUACGCCGGUGCCAGAUCGAUAAAUGCGAUGGGUGUAGACUAUGUUGUAAACUUGAUGACCAACAUCAAUAAAUGGAUAGGCGCGAUGAUUUAUGAAUAAACAUUGCAUAGUCCUAAAAAUCACAUAAUGAAAAGCUUUUCCAGAACUGAUAAAACACUCCUUCUUUAAGUGGUAAGUUUGAAAACGACAUAAGUUUCUCCUAAACGAAUACGAGAAAGGAUAUUUUGU